AUGUCGCCUGACAAUAGUAUCCACUCCGGUGGGAUGCGCCCAGGCGAGCAGGCGCAGCAGACUACGUUACAAGCAGCAUCCUCCGCCUCGCUAUUGGCCUGGCGCCGCUCAUCAGUCACUGGGAUGGUGAUAUGCCUGAUCACCCGCGUGGCAGCCACCGACCGCAGCCAGCGAGGCGACGAGCAGCACCCUCGCUGCGGACCUUGUACACGACUGAACCGUGAAUGCGACUGGGACCACCGCUGGAACUUCAACGAUGCCACGACCACCACACAAGGCAAAUACUCGAACAUUAGCACUGCUGGAAAUGCGGUGUGGGACCCAACUGUUCGUCACGAACACGGCUCCGGCACGGCACCCGGGGAGCUCGACAGCCUCCCUGAGUUCUCGACGCUCACCAACGAUGAAGAUCGAGAAACGAAAGCCCGUACUUCGCGACCUGGCACGUAUGGAGUAGUCGUCACGCCUGAGAGCUUCUAUGACCUACCUGAAUAUGCGGCGACGUCUCCCCAGGAGAGCAGGCGGAUGAGCGGUGCCAGCUCUUCUUCAGCAAGAGGGGCACGUGGCAGCGGCAGGCCGGGCCUUGGAAGAUCGAAUACAGUGCCAGAUCCAACGGUGGUGGUGCUCGACAAGUUUGAAGAUGCGUCUCCUGUCUCGACUGGACCGAUGUCAGCAGCGACAGAAAGCCGGCGAUCGAGUUUUCCGGAUGCUCUUGGGCAGCUAUCGAUCACGACGCCUCCAUACAAUCCCAGCAUCAGCACAGGACCUCACACACCGCAAGUACGGUCAGACGAGCAUUUGAUCGCGCACUUUCGCCAAUAUAUCGUCCCAAGACUGGCGCAGCCACAGCAGGAUUCGAGACCUGGCGUUGCUUCGCAGGGUUCGACGAAGGACGUGCUCGAGUUUGAAGCGACGCGAUUUCCACCUCUACAUCACGCGAUGUGUGCCAUCAGUGCGUUACAUCUGACAUAUAAUGGACGUUCGUCACUCGAGGAGGCCAUGCAGCAUUACCACCAGGCGUUGGCAGCGUCCGCGACUCCGAGGUCUUCGCCUCCUGAUUUGCUGUCAGAUGGGGUGUUCUUUCGGCAUUUCUUGCUGUUCGUCUACGAUAUCUGCAUACCAAUGCAAUCAGACGAUGGCGGGACCGCGUUAUGGGCUGAGCAUCUGAACCAUCUUGGCAGAAUCGCCGUGCAACGAAGAGAGAGCACCGGCAACGAGCCAUACGCGUAUACCCUCUGGUCAAUCUGCGAGCUAGACGUCUACGCCUGUCUCCUAGGCAGCGGCAACUGCGACUUUCUGCGCAAACUGAUGAACCACAACAUGAUCCCAUCCCUCGAACAACAAAUCCUCGGCCUCUCCACCACCCAAACCCAAGGCGCAGCCGCAUUCCUCCCCAACCAACCGAACAUCUUCCGAGCAAUCCUCCACCUCAACCAAGGCAUCCUCCUCCGCACCGCCAAACUCGCCCAAACAGCGCAAACCUUCCGACAAGAAGCCACCGCCGCCAAAGGCGCCGUCGCCCCCGAAACCUGGGCCCGCUGGCAAUCGACCGCCGCGCAGCUCCAAACCGAACUGCACACCUUCUGGCAACAGUCCUACCCGGAAAACCUCCUCGGCCCCCUCUCCGACCCCCCAAACCCCUCCACCCUCCCCGAACGCAUCGCCGCCCUCUUCACAACCACCCUUCUCCUCUACCACACGUCAAUCCUCUACGCCCGCACCUCCCUCUUCCCCACCCAGCGCACCCUCCCCUCCUACACCCAAAACACCCUGACCACCGACUCCGAAGCGCGCUGCAAAGCAAUCCUCUCCCUCGCCUCCGCCACCCUGCAGCAAACCCCCGCGGGGACUUCGCGGCGCAAAACUGUCUUCCCGGUCUUCAUCGCCGGGGUGGUGUCUCUCGAUGCGGAGAGUAAGCGGAGGGCGCUGGAGUUGGUGAGGGCGUUUGAGGGGAGUGGGAUUGGGCAGAAUACGUAUCGGACGAGGUUGUUACUGAAGGCGGUUUGUGAGGAGCAGGAGAGGGUGAGGAGGGGUGGGGAACGGGUGGAGGGCGUGGAGUGGUUGGGGGUUAUGAGGGAGAGGGGGUUGGGGGUUGUUAAUUGUGGGCUUUGA